CAUGGAAAAUUCCAUGCUUCGAAGACCUGAGGGAAAGGUGCCAUCAGACAAACAACGACAGGCGUUGGGCAGCAGUCACCUUCCGGAGAGCUGAUGGCAUGGACGCAGAGCAACCACAUGGUCCUUGGCAAGGACCACACGGCUAUUACCUUCUGUUUUCUAUGCAGGGCAUGGGGAGGGGGUGCUUUUGGAUGAAUUCUUCCGAGGGUUUUUACAGUUCCAAGAGCUUUCUUGUAGCUAAACGACGGAGGAUCUCCACUGUCACGGAGGGUCACAAACCCAAGAAUAAACUCACUGUGCGUGCACUGUUGCAGUGGAACCUAUGGUUGGUGAGAGGAGUCUUUUCGGUGGGUGGUGCCUAUAUAAGGAGGGGCCGAUGUGAAACAAACUUGCAGCCAAGGAAAGGCAUCUAUCGCAGCUUCCUUUGUCCUCUGAGGACGAACCAACAUCAAGAGCUAGCCGUGUGAACUAUCUUGUUGAGAGAUCACGUCAAGUGUAGUUUGGUGGCUUGUGGUUUCCGUUUCGAGGAAGACCUGUGUCCGGUCCUUUUCAGGGACCUUCUUUGUGAUUGCCGGGAGGCAAAACAGCAGCCUGUCUUUCCAUUUUCCCGAUCAAAUAUACAACAGCUCCCAAAGCUUUCUUUCAUCACCAUCCAUUCCAGCUUUUCCUUUAAGCUCUUGGUACCUCUCUGCCUCCCACUAGCAGCUGUAAAGAAGCACCAUGGGAGGCACCCUGGAAUGCUUCUCCAACUUUCUGGGAAGUGGCCGCAGGCACAAGAAGAGGAAGCAGUUUCAGACGGUGGAGCUCAAGGUCAGGAUGGACUGCGAGGGCUGUGAGCUGAAAGUUAGAAAUGCGCUCUCCACCAUGAGAGGAGUGCAGUCGGUGGACAUCAACAGAAAGCAAUACAAGGUGACGGUGACGGGCUAUGUUGAGCCACACAAGGUGAUCAAGAGGGUUCAAUCCACCGGGAAGAAGGCUGAGCUCUGGCCUUACGUUCCUUACAACCUGGUUGCCCACCCGUACGUUGCCCCAACCUACGACAAGAAGGCACCCCCUGGGUAUGUCAGGAAUAUGGAGGUCAUUGCAGUCUCCAGCCAAGUGGUCAGGCCGGAGGACCAGCUUACCUCUCUAUUCAGCGAUGACAACCCGAAUGCCUGCUCCAUUAUGUAGCUGUGGGGAUCACUUGCACUCGCAUCCAUAGGGUUGCAGAGCAGACAUAGUGACUGAUUUCAGCUUCAGAUCUGCCGCCUGCGUUCUCCGUUUAGAUUGUCAUCUUUUUCUCCUUCGUUUGCUUUCUUGAUCGCAGUGAGGGUGGAGUAUAUAUAGAAUAUUUUCCAUUU